CGCACAUCGUGACUCGGUACUCGCUGCUUCUCCAUUCACGGCACCAUCUGUUGCUCUUGGAGAUUUUCUAACUGCCAGCACCUCACCAGAGUCCAUGAUUGGGAAUCUGGUAUUCUGCCUUGGCCCUACCUGGUCCCCAGAGACUCGGCCGAGCAACGAUUAAUUUGAAAAUUCCUUUACGGGACCUAUACUACUCGGCCCAGAGGACACCCCUUUGGAUUAUCAUUAUUCAAGGGUAAUAAAUUGGUAGACUCCGAGAUAAGGCCUUUUGUUAGCAUUGUGGUUGGGAACACACAAUUCAAUUGAUGUAGGAACAUGAGUUUCUCCAUUUACAGGAAGCGCCUAGCAUGUGUAGAAUGCACCCGGCGCAAGGUCCGAUGUGAUAAGAUCUUGCCUUGUCGAAAUUGUACUGUGAAAGGAAUCGGCUGUUCGCGUCCGAGAAACCACAUCAACAUUUCGAACCAGGGCCCAGCUGACGAAGAGAGUCCGGGAUCUAAUAUUAGACUUCCUGAUUCCAAUGAUGCAGCCGAAAAUUCCAAUAGAGCACUUUUGGAAUUGGUGGAGAAAUUGAACGCGAAAAUCGAUCACCUGGAAUUUGCACUUCAAAAGAAACAAAGUAUGGCCGUGUCGCAGGAAAUGUCCAAUGAACCAGAGCUACUGUCACCAUCACCCAUAUCGCUCAUAUCGCCCAUACCCUCGGAAAUCCCACGGGAGGUUGUAAAUAAAGAAGCCAAAGAGACGACGGCUCAAAGUGGCUCUGAAGUUGAAGAUGCCGCUACUAUUCUGGAAUUCCUAGCCUGGGGUCGACGGAAAGAUCCCAACCUCACAGUAUUCCCCCGAGAUAUUGAGACCGAGGACAAUAUACCUUUCUUCUCUUCACAAAUAACGCUCCGCUCAUAUUUGCAGUCUCUUCUGCCCAGCAGGCCGCAGGUAUACACCCUCGUGCAGUAUCACUGUGACUGUCUUCUCUGGUAUCAUGGAUCGUUCCACGCCACGGUAUUGUGGAAAUCUCUCGAAGACUUCUAUAAUGAAAAGAAGGGUCAGAUUGAGCUCACAGAUACCCAGUUACAGUGGACUAGUUUGCUUUUUGCUAUUAUUCUAGGCUCUAUCACCUGCGCACCUCGUCAAAUAAUUUUGUCAUGGGGAUUCAAUGACGAGGAACGAAACAAAUUAUCACAUAGAUGGUUUCAGGCAAUGAAUGUCUGCUUGCAGUACUCCGAUUACAUGUCUUCUCACUCGAUAUUCUCGGUUCAGGCAAUUGCUACAGCUACUCACACCGCCCAUAUGUUGGGCCAUUCAAAUAGCCAAGCGGUUCUUUUAGCAUCAGCGGUUCGGAUUGCGCAAAAUUUGGGAUUGCAUCGACUGGGAAAGGAAACAGAUGAACACAUGUCGCCCGAUCUAAUCGAUCGAGAGAUCGGUCGACGGGUUUGGUGCCAGCUCUGUACGCAGGAUUGGUUUUCAAUCCCGUUCACGGAAAGUUAUCUUAUACAUCGAAGCUGUUAUGACACUGAAAAGCCACGUAAUUGCAACGAGAUAGACAUGACAGUCCAAUCCGAUGACAUACCAACGACCAUGAGCUAUUCGCGUUUCUUUUUUGAAGUGGCUACCCUUAUGCCUCAAGUACACGAUGCACUUGCUAGCUCGAACACCAUGUACACACGAUAUGAAAAGGUCCUCGAGUACGACCAACGGCUGCGACUUUUAGCCACGGUUCGGCUUCCAUAUUAUCUACAAAAUGUUCCUAUUGACCCGGCAUGGCCGUGUUAUGUCCCAUGGGCCCGUCGUUGCCUUGCGAUAAGUACUUCGCAUAAAGUGAUAAUGAUACAUAGAAAGUUUCUAGGGAUGAGUUUUGCCAACCCAAUGUUUUCUCGGACUCGCAGGACGUGUGUUGCAGCCGCAAGGACGAUUAUCAAAGAGUUAAGAGGAUCCAGCAGUGAUGGCGGCCCAGUACUUUGGAUUCAUCACGCCUUUAUCGUAGCCGCAGGUAUAAUACUAUGUCUUGAUAUUAUUCACUCCCCCGAAUUCUCACCGGAAUGUGAUGAACACCGCCGACUGGUUCAAGACGGUCUUCGACUCCUCUCAACAUGUGAAACAAAUAUGAUUGCGACACGUGGAAUUCCUUUAAUACAGGCUAUGCUUGCGAACGAAGGACGCAUUCGUGAAAAGACCUUCAACCAGGUGGAGGCAUCUGUCACUGGAAAUACACCCAAUAAGAUUGACGCAAGAAAUUUGGACAUCAAAGAGAUCAUCCGAAGUUUCUACAUGCAAGAUCGCCUUAAUUCCUUUACAGCUACCGUCAGCAGGUAUCCAUCCGCUGAGUGGUUUGCUACUGACAGCCAGAGCAGUUGGCCUCCUAAUACGUCAGAAAAAGCGGCACUGCCACCUCUCCUUAAUCAACCAGCUUACGAAAGUGAUUUUCCUGAUAAUUUCGACGAUGUGUUGGCACUAGCAGCGAACUAUAUAACUUGAACCCGCUUCUAAGUCGAAUCUUUAUUCAGUAUUUUGGUAUUAAUAUCUAUUAUUCACCAUGUAGUUUAAAUGUCCAAGUGGGAACCUUCAGUCCGUUGCCGUUGCCAUGGAAGUAUUUGAUCAUUCUUCGCCGUCAUCUUUUCUUCUGGCAAUGCUAAAUUAAGCACAACCCCGAUCAGUGCCGCAAUAAUGAAUGGUGUCUCAACAACCAAGUUCAGCCCUUGUUCGAAGCCCUGCAAAUUGACAUUUGGCCCAGUAUAGUCAAGAAUCUGUGAGAACCACUUCGGGGAAACUAUAUCAAUAAAGCCGAUCCCUAGAGCAGCAGUCAAAAUGAAUCUAUUUCGUCUCGUAAA